AUGGCUUUCCCAGGCGGUGGUAUGCCGGGUAUGGGUCCCUUUGGACGACCUACUGGUGGUGGAGGCGGUGGAGCUGCAACUCCAGACUUUAACAACUUGAGUCCCGAGCAACAGCAGGCGGUUAUGGUUAAGCAGAUGCAAGCAGCGAUGGAAUCGUGUCCUGUAAAAACCGUGAUAUCGGGUGGUAUGGGUUUCGCUCUUGGUGGAGUGUUUGGACUCUUCAUGGCUUCGAUGUCCUAUGAUACAAUGUACGCGACAAAUACCAAACUCUCCGACCUCCCCUGGCGACAACAAGUAAGGGCUGGGUUUAAAGACAUGGGAUCUCGCUCCUGGAGUUCAGCGAAGGGUUUCGGAAUGGUCGGGGCCUUAUUCGCGGGUACGGAAUGUGUGAUUGAAAGUUAUAGAGCGAAGAACGAUUUGGUCAAUCCGAUUCUGGCUGGUUGUGCUACCGGCGGUAUUUUGGGAGCUAGUGGGGGCCCGACGGCUAGCGCUUUUGGAUGUGCGGGUUUUGCUGCUUUCAGUACUGCUAUUGAGUAUUAUUUACGACAUGGUUAG